GCGCAAACGAUCGAGUAAUGUUGUUUUUGUUCUGUUAUGAAGUCAUGUGAGUCACCUGUGAGUCACCUUCUUCCACUGAAGUGCUGCCUUUUUUUUUGGAGGACUAAUAAUUUCUCUGAUGGUUUGGUUUCAUUUGACUGGUUCAGAUCUCAGCAGAGAUUUUCUGACACAGAGCUUUUGUUCAGUUCUUGGUGCUGAUAAUUUGCCCCGAGCAGACGUCAUGACCUGUUGCCUCUGGAUUUAGGCCCAAAGUGAGAUGAAGAUUUGAAGGAAGAUCCAAAAUCUCCCUGUUUCUAUGGGGAAGAUAAUCAUUUUGAAAAUGCAGCAAAAACAAGAUUACAUAAUGCUCUUAUACUGCUCUCUGAACGCUCUGAGCAAUUAGAUAAUUAGCUUUAGUAAUGAUUUCUGACAUGUUUAAGGUCUAUAGAAUUUAGUGGCAUCUAGCAGUGAUGCUGCAGAACUGAACAUGGAGAAAUUUGGUGGCAAAAUGUAGUAAAUUAAGAAAAAUUAAAUGAAAUAAAAUGACAGAAGAUAAAUAAAUUAACAAAAAAAUGAAGUAACAGAAAAUCAAAUAAAAUCAAAUAACAGAAAAUCAAAUAAAAUGAAAUAAAAUAACAUAAAAUAGAAUAAAAUAAUGGAAAAUAAAAUAACAGAAAAUCAAAUCAAAUAAAAUACUUAUUUAGUUAAUCCGUUGACACCUGAGCAAAUUGGCUAAAACAUGACAAAAGAAGGAAUGAGCCAAAAAAUUAGACAUUAAAAAAUCAGUAAAAAGAGAAAAUUAAAAACAAGAACAUUAGCUAAAAAAGUUAAAAACAAUCAAGUAAAAGACCUGGAAAGAGUGUUUAAAAAUUCUAAUAAUUCUGUAACAUAAUUUAAAAAUGUAAUAAUAGUGAUAAUUAUAGAUAUAGUUUUCCUCAAGCUUUUUACCAUGUUUUUUUUAAUUCAUUUUCAUUAGAGACAUUAGAGAAGUCAUUUAAAAGUUUUUAAAUUUUGUCCAUGAAAAUGUGUCAGAACCCUGAAUAUCAGUGAAGUGUUUCAGUAAUGGAGAGAAAAUGUUGUUAGCCUUCUGCAAAUCGGAGCUGAAGGCUCACGGCUGUGGCCUCAAGUUCAUGUUUAUGUAGCAAACGUUAGCUAGAGCCUCGGAUCACGGUGUUCUCCGCCUCACUCCCCACCGCUGCAGACCACCUCCGGCAGGUUCAGCAAACUUUCUGUUGCUGCCGUUACACAGGUUAGACCCCAUGGUGCUGCCGCCUACCAGCCUGCUGUGACAUCUUGUGCAGGGGGGUUUGUGCUGGCUGAAUUUGAGCUGCGACAGAUGCCGACUGAACGUCCGUCUCCUCCCAGGGAAACAGUCCACAGUGACGGGGAGUGAGGCGGAGGGACCGUGGGGUCGUUAGCUCUCUAAUUUUUGUCUCAUUUGCAUUCUGAUAAAAGAGAGCUCCACAAUGAAAUCAGAUCAAAUAAAUCAAUAUAUGCGGAACACUGGGUAACUGUAUGCAGCACGUGUAUGUGGUCGUCUGGUGGGUGGGGCUAAGAACGGAGCGACUCCAGACUUCUGCCUCCACAGCUCUAGACGCAAGGUAAGCUGCACAAAUUGCAGUGAGGUGAGAGUAAGACCUGACUUCACCUCCUUCACAGAUCAGUGUUCCUCCGCCACCUCUCCAGCGGUGUCAUGCUGCUGCUGCUGUCAUGUCCUCACCGUGUCCAUGUGUCUGUCUGACGGAGACACGUGAUGACACACAUACGAACAUGCAAUGAUCCUGCCGCCACCGGCCUCACGCUGCCCUGCACACGGUCACGUUUCCCCCUCAUCCCCGGCCCGUAUUGAUUGACAUGUGCAGAGGGACGGCAGGCUGGCGUGCCAGGUUAUCGGCAGGACGAUUGACGACAACAACCUCUCACUUCCCGGAAGCUGACAUGUAAACCGGUGACACACUCGGUCUUCCGCUGCGAGCGGCGGGACGCUGGCACCUCGCUCUGAUCUCGUCAUGAACAGGCCUGUUGUUGGCAGCUCACCCACCAGCCUGUUACCUUGGAUGGCACGUGAACAACACUGAGAGACAGAGAGAGGUCUGUCUGCACCGUGCGCUCCGGCUCAUUCUCUCAUCCAACUGCCGGCGUUCAGGCACAGCGGAGAGGAAGUUGUCGGAUGAGGACAUGCUGCAGCCUCGGCUGAAUGGGCAGAUUUCUCAGGUGAAACCAUGCGGCUGUGUGGUGCUCCCUAGCCUCCCCUGUCCCUCGCCUCCCACCUGAUCUCUCCUCCUCCACCCCCCUCUUCCUCCUUUGUCCUCCUGCUCACCAUGACGACCCCCCUGGAGAUGCUGCUGGCUCAGCCCGACCAGGAGCUGAGCCACGAGCGGCUGGACGGCUGCGAGGACAUCGCCGGGCGCUACAAGGUGGUGCCCUCCGUGGUCUGCUCCAUGUGCUGCCUCUUCGGCAUCAUUUACUGCUUCUUCGGCUAUCGCUGCUUCAAAGCGGUGAUGUUCCUGACGGGCCUGAUGUUCGGCUCCGUCGUCAUCUUUAUGCUCUGCUACAAGGAGCGCGUUCUGGACACCCAGCUGAGCGUGGAGGCCUCAGUGGGCAUCGGCCUCGGCAUCGGCACGCUCUGCGGCCUGGUCACCAUGCUGGUUCGCAGCGUGGGCCUCUUCAUGGUGGGCCUGCUGCUGGGCCUGCUGGUGGCCGUGGCCACCCUAGUGGGCAUGGAGGAGCUUUCCAACAGCCCGCCGCGCUCCGUCUGGGUGCCCCUGGGCGUGCUGCUUGGCCUGGGCAUGCUGUUCGCCGUGCUCACCCUGCAGUGGCAGCGUCUCUUUACCACGCUGUCCACGGCGGUGUUCGGCGCAGCGGUCAUCACUGUGGCGUUAGACUACUUCGUGGAGCUCUUCGCCCUCGUGCUGUACAUGUAUGAGCGGAUGAAAGCGGUGCCUGGGAAGCCUGUGUGCUGGCUGACGUGGGUGGUGCUCGGGGUGUGGCCUGCCCUCACCCUGCUGGGUGUCAUGGUCCAGUGGAAGGUGACCGCUGAAGGAUACUCCCAUACCAAGGUGAUCAUCAGCCGGCAGCAGAGGAGGAUGCAGGUGAUGCGGAUUCGUCAGCGGGACGAUCGCUAUCGCAACAAGAAGAAGAAGAAGCAGCAGCACGGCUCCUCCCACCAUCACCACCAGGCCAAGCAGCUUCACACUGAGCCCGCCUACCGCCGCAAACCCAACCCUAUCCGCCGCUACGACACGGACGUCCUCUCACCAAGCUACAUCCAGAGUUUCCGAGACCGGCAGGUCCAGGCGCAGCCCAUCCCGAGCCGGCUGGUCGGCGGCCCUCACACCGUGGUGGACGUUGGUUACGACUGCGGCUCCACGACGCCCCUCACCGGAGCUGCAGCACCUGCACUGCGUGUCUGAACACUCCUUCACCUCCCAGAGGCCUGAACACACCACGCCACCUGAGAGAUGCGUGACUCUGCAAUCACUACUCCACCCGGGUGGAACCACACCUGUGCUAGAACAAAACGCCAUUGGGUUUCAAUGCAAAGGGUUUAAACAUAAUCUGGGUUCAGCCACGUCCCUAACAGGAUGAAAUAUAUCUAGGGCUGGAUUUACCCACAAUGCAAAUCAUGUUUAACCCUUUUACUAAUUAAAUUUUGGAUCAUAAGGCUCCGUCAGUGUGGUGCAGAGGCUCGACCUCUUUUCACUGUCUUUCAAAUGCACAAACACAUGCACGCACUCACACAAACACACACUGCAGCUACAAUCUCCAGGGUCGACGUGGAAACCUAGAACAGCCCGCUGUACCCGACCCCGGCCUGUUUGUCACCGUCUCCAGUCAAACCACAUCAGGGAUCUCAGUUUCAGCGCAAACACGCCUCAGGUUCAAACCCAAAAAUCAAAAUCAACCCUGGUUUCUACCGCUGCCGCCGAUUUUCAACUCAUGGUGCAGAAGGAACUCGUUCCUCAGCCUGUAGGCGUCUUAAAAGUCCAACAAAGACCAUCUCUAAAGGGAAGUAAGGGCCCUUAAAUGCAAGCCGGGAUCUUUUAUUUGCUUUCUGUGCCAUGCGGACUACAACAACCGUCCCUGAAACGGGGAGAGACGUCUUUAAUGUUUAAAGGGGGAAACCCUUCGUCACCCUUGGUGCUGGACGAUCUUCAAGCGUCAAACUGUUCUCUGACAGCCGGGGAAUCUGUUUAAAUGGGUGCCUUGCCCCUCUGUGGACUGUACCACUCAGCAACAGGAGGGGGGUUACUGGCAGAUCUCCCAUCGAUGGCUUGUUUUUGCAUUAAAUGUGAUCACAGAAGGAUUUCUCAGCCAUGGAGCUACAACAAGCAGGGUAAAAAAAAAAUCUUGUUGGAGUGGAGUUGGCUUCUUGUCUUAACAGAUGCCUGGACAUACGAGGAGGAUUUGCUUUAAACCGACAGCAAGAGAGCCGCGUUUACACUGGCACCUCAUCUGAGGUUUCACGCAACGCAGAAAAAAGGAAACAACAAUCUGAUUAUUUUACAACCUGAGUGUCGUUCCUGCUGCAGUGCAAAGUGUUCUUCCUCCAAGAGAUUAUUUAUGCUGCUGAGCCGAGAAGUGAUAGUGAAAGUUAUGUUUCACUUUCUUCCUGUUUCCUGCUGCAGAGCAAUCAAAAUCUGAGCCGUUUCAAAACGAGCAGAAGAAGCAGGUGAAAGUUUAAAAUCUUCUCCGGGAUGAGCAGAUUUGUACGGAGCCCCUAACGUCCCAAAAUAUUAUAUAUUUUUAUUUUGGGCGUACAAGAUAUUUUUCUUGUUAAAGUUAAAGUUUUAAAAUGUUGAUAUCUUCUGCAUACAAAGUAAUGAGGUAAAAACUUGCGUGCUCAACAUAACUUGUUUCCACAACAUAAAAGUUAUUAUCUAGUGGGAACAAGUUAUUAUCUUGAGGGGAAAAAGUUUUCUUGUGCGCACUUGUUCCCUCAAGAUAAUAACUUGUUCUUAUCGCAUGAGAACAAGUUAUUAUCAUGUGGGAACAAUUUAUCUUGUACACACUUUUACCUCAAGAUAACAACUUGUUCCCACAACAUAAAAGUUAUUAUUUAGUGGGAACAAGUUUUUAUUGAGGGAACAGUGUGUACAAGAUAACUUGUUCUCACAAGAUAAUAACUUGUUCACAAAACAUACGUUAUUAUUCAGUGGGAACAAGUUGUUAUCUUGAGGGAACAAGUGCGCACAAGAAAACUUUUUCCCCACAUGAUAAUAACUUAUUCCCACUAGAUCAUAAUUUUAUGUUGUGGGAACAAGUUAUUAUCAUGUGGGAACAAGUCAACUUGUGUGCACUUGUUCCCUCAAGAUAACAACUUGUUCCCACUAGAUGUAAUUUUUUAAAUUGUAUGAACAAGGUAGUAUCUUGAGAGAAUAAGUGCACACAAGAUGACUUGUUCUCACUUGAUAAUAACUUGUUCACAAAACAUACAAAUUAUUAUCUAGUGGGAACAAGUUAUUAUCUUGAGGUGACAAGUGUGCACAAGAUAACUUGUUCCCACAAGGUAAUAAUUUGUGCACACAAGAUUAAAGAUAAUAUCUAGUGGGAACAAGUCAUUACCUUCAGGAAAAAUGUGCACAACAUCAUCUUGUUCCCACAAGAAAAUAUUUUUUCUGCAAGAUAAAAGUUAUUUUCUUGUGGGAACAAGUGCACACAAGAUAAGGUGUUCCCACAUGAUAACAAUUUGUUAUCUCAAGAGAAUAACUUUUCCCACCAUAUAAAAGUUAUUCUCUUGUGCACACAAGAUAAUUCCCACGAGAUAGUAAUUUGUUCCUACAAGACAAUUGCUGGUUCUCACAAGAUAGUAACUUGUUCCCACAAUGUAAAGUUAUUAUCUAGUGGGAACAAGUGUGCACAAGAUAACUUGUUCCCACAAGAUAAUAACUUGCGCACAUGAGAUGACUUGUUCUCACAAUAUAACUUGUUCCCACAACAUUAAGUUAUUCCUAGUGGAAACAAGUGCAUGCAAGAUAGCUUAUAAUAGCAAUAAUAGCAAUAAUAACGUGUACGCACAAGGUAAUAACUUGUUCCCUCAAAUAAUUACAUGUUCCCUCAGAAUGAUAGCUUGUUUUUACAAGAUAGUUAUUGGUUCACACAAGAUAAAGGUCAUCUUGUACACACAAGACAAAUUGUUCCUACAUAAUAGUAAUUUGUUCCAUCGAGAUAGUAACUUGUGCGCACAAGAUAAAAGUUCUAAUCUAGAGAGAACAAGUUGUAAUCUUGAGGGAACAAGUGUGUACAGGGUAACUUGCUCCCAUGCGGUAAUAACUUGUGUGCACAAAUAAGUUGUUCUCACAAGAUAGUAACUUGUUCCCACAACAUUAAGUUAUAAUCUUGAGGGAACAAGAGCGCACAAGAUAACUUGUUCCCACAUGAUAAUAAUUUGUUCCCCCAAAGUAAUAACAUUUCCCACAAGAUAAAAGUUACUAUCUUGUGUGCACAAGAUAACUUGUUCCCACACAAUAAUAACGUGUACACACAAGGUAAUAACUUGUUCCCUCAAAUAACUACAUGUUCCCUCAGAAGUAUUAUCUUGAGGGAACAAGAGCGCACAUGAUGACUUGUUCCCACGUGAUAAUAACUUGAGGAACUUCCGGGGCUCUGUAGAUGUGUGUAAUCAAAAUGCUAAUAGUUUAUUGAUAUUAAAACAGUGACUCCAGGCUGAGACGUCAGUGUAAACAAGGCUCAGAGCGUGCGGAUGAAAGACUCGGACUCGUGGCCAUACCAACUUGUACUUAGACCAACAACUUCUUCCAUCAUGUGCAUUGAUUUUCUUUUUUUGGGACAACAUAACGUUUCUGUCACCAGUGAAAAUGUGAAUACUUUGUUACUGUCUUUACCUUUUUUAAAGGAAAAGCAAACAAAUGUGGGGGGGGGGGGGGGGGGGGGGG